AAAUGAAAUUCUUUAGCCCCUGAAAAUACAACGGCGAAGGACCAAUUAUUCUACAAUGGCGUCGGAGGUGGUGGACGCGACGGCCGCGAAGCCUAGAGGUGGUAGGUUUUGCACCGUCUGUAAUGACAGACGCCCCGCCCUUAAGCGUCCCAAAACCCUCGAACAAAUAUGCAAGGAGUGUUUCUAUGCAGUUUUUGAAGAUGAAAUUCACAGAGUAAUUGUAGAUAAUCAUCUGUUCAAGCCCGGCGAACGCAUUGCAAUUGGAGCUUCUGGAGGAAAAGAUUCUACUGUACUUGCGUAUGUGCUGUCGGAACUGAACAUUAGGCACGGUUAUGGUUUGGAUCUUUUCCUGCUUUCGAUUGAUGAAGGGAUAACUGGUUACAGAGAUGAUUCACUCGAAACUGUUAAGAGGAAUGAAAUCCAGUAUGGACUACCUCUUAAGGUCGUUUCAUAUAAAGAAUUAUAUGGGUGGACAAUGGAUGAGAUUGUGAAGCUAAUAGGUCUGAAGAAUAACUGCACAUUUUGUGGUGUUUUUCGCCGUCAGGCUCUUGACCGGGGUGCUGCACUGUUGAAAGUAGACAAGCUAGUCACUGGGCAUAACGCAGAUGAUAUCGCCGAAACAGUCCUCUUGAACAUAUUAAGAGGUGACAUUGCCAGGCUGAGCAGAUGCACCUCGAUAACCACUGGUGAAGAUGGACCAAUUCCAAGAUGCAAGCCUUUUAAGUACACCUAUGAGAAGGAAAUUGUGAUGUAUGCAUACUUCAAAAGGCUGGAUUACUUCUCUACUGAGUGCAUUUACUCCCCAAAUGCUUAUCGUGGCUUCGCUAGGGAAUUCAUUAAAGAUUUAGAAAGGAUCAGGCCAAGAGCUAUACUCGACAUAAUAAAGUCUGGGGAGGACUUUAGGAUCUCUACUUCUACAAAGAUGCCAGAGCAGGGAAAUUGCGAGAGAUGUGGCUACAUUUCCAGCCAGAAAUGGUGCAAAGCAUGUGUUUUGCUGGAGGGCCUUAAUCGGGGUUUGCCUAAGCUGGGCAUUGGGCGUACCCGAGGUCUCAACAAUGAAAGCAACAAGGAUAUGAAAGAAACUAAUGGAACAAAGGGUUUGCAAAGCAAGCAAUGUGGAACCCUCGACUUCUGAUAUAGGUGUGCAAUUCAGCAGGUAGCAGCGGAAGGAUCAAAUCCUCAUUCUGAGACGUAUAUAUGACCUCAGAGAGGUUAUAAUUGGUACGUCCGACAAUUCUUUGGGCCUCCCUGUGCAAGUAAGAGUCUUUCUGGUUUUGCAAUGAGUCAUAAUUCAUGGUGGAGGGCACAACAUCUGCAGGCCUUGUGGCGGCUUAAGAAGUCCCUUUCCAGUUACAAGCUGAAGGAGUGAGGUUGGUUUUUGCUAAAACGAUAUUUAUCUGGCUACAGUUAGGUGUCUCUAUAUUGCAACUUUGAUUAGAAUAUCUUUGCCCAAAAUAUUGCAACUUUGAUUAGAAUUUCUUCAGUCUAGCUCGCAUGAAUUGCAGUUUGCACCCCAGAAAUAAAGGAAAUAGAAACUUUCUCC